CCGCGGGCCGGGGCGAUGCUUUGCGCUUCCUGCCCAUGGCGCUCCCCGCAGGUCCCGCCGCGGCCCCGGCCCGGCCCCGCGCAGGGGAAGAGUAAAGGGAAGGGGAAGGGGCCGGGCCAUAAAGUCUCGCGGGCGGGUGCGGGAGGCGGUUUGAAAGAUGGCGGAUGAGGUGGAUCAGCAACAAACAACAAAUACUGUAGAGGAGCCACUUGAUCUCAUCAGACUCAGUCUAGAUGAGCGAAUUUAUGUCAAAAUGCGGAAUGACAGAGAGCUUAGAGGCAGGCUUCAUGCAUAUGAUCAGCACUUAAAUAUGAUUUUGGGUGAUGUGGAAGAAACUGUGACUACAAUAGAGAUUGAUGAGGAAACCUAUGAAGAGAUUUAUAAAUCUACCAAAAGGAAUAUUCCGAUGCUCUUCGUCAGAGGGGACGGCGUUGUGCUUGUAGCUCCCCCGCUGAGGGUUGGUUGAAGCAACAAAGGAUUUAACCUUCUUGGAAAGUUCCAGACUUUGGACAGUGGUUUGUGUUUCAAUCAUGUGUCUCAAAAUUCUGUAUAUGUUUUUUUAUAAAAUGUUUUUGGCUGUUCUUUUGGGAAGGGAGGGAAAGGGAACCAGUUUGUCUGGCAGAAAGUACAUGUAGUCAGUUGAAGCAGUGUAAACCCAACCUGAUUUUCUCAGAAUUAAUGUAACUGCUGUAAAUUGACUGUCUUGUCACAUCAGUAAAAGAAUCCUUCAUUUCUUUCAAUCUUGGUAAUAGCAUUGUCUUUUUAUGUUUGUUUGUUUGAAAUAAAUUUUGGGUUAUCUUUCAGA